CAAUCCCAGAUUAAAUUCUUCAAGGGGAUUUUUUUCCAUGAAAACUCUUCUAGUUUCUGAGCACUCUAAGAUUCCGUGUGGCAGGAAUUGAUUCUUUCUGUGUCUGUGUUUUCUGUUAGGGCUAUUUUAGCAAUUUGGGCAUGGCAUGAAGACACAUGAAAGAAGGUUGGCUUGCUUUCCAUGCAUGUGGAAUGCCUCAUUUUGGUUUGAAGCAGUAAAAACUAGAAGGGGAGGGGGCAAUUUUUGUGGCUUAAUCAGAUUAGGACAAAUUCUGCUGAUGAAUUAAAAUCCUUCAAAUAGUUACUAGGAGCUUGAGAGAGCUGGCUGAAGAAGAAAUUGCUACUUCAGAGAAGUCGGGAGGAAUUCAUAUAAAAACAAUGCCAGCAAUCAACAUAGAUGACCUAAGUGAGAAGGAUAAAUUGAAAAUGGAAGUAGAACAACUUCGAAAAGAAGUCACAUUGGAAAGGCAACCUGUGUCUAAGUGUUCCGAAGAAAUUAAAAAAUAUAUUGAAGAAAGAUCUGGAGAAGACCCUCUAGUGAAAGGCAUUCCAGAAGACAGGAAUCCUUUUAAAGAGAAAGGAGGAUGUAUAAUUGCAUAGAAGAAUGCAGAUAACUUUGAAACUGGGGGAAAAAAACCUACUGUAGAAUAGCUAGCUUAAUUUAAAUUUCAGGAAUCUUAUUGUACAAAUUAAAAGAUUUUUUAAAAUAACAAAACAAAUGAUUAUAUUGUUAUUCCCUAAAGCAAGUUCUUGCUUAACAUAUCAUUAAAUUCCUUUCAAAAGGC